AUGGUUGGAUACAGUAAUAAGGUUGUAAAAUGCCCGGUUCCUAGAUGCAAUUAUUGGGAUAACGGGUGCCGACAAGUUGUCAAAUUAAGUGACAUAACAGAGCACAGCGCCACCUGUGAGCGCAAUGAGGCAAACGGAUUCAAACUGUGCGACACGUGUUGCUGUAAUAUAACGGGUGACCACAAGUGUUUAGACGCUGUAGUGUUGGCCAACCGUAAGGCUAAUGAUCGAAUUGACCUGUUACAAUGCACGGUCAACCAGUUAACUUUGGAGAAAGAUCAAUUGGUGAAGUCCGUUCAGGAAUUGUCCAAUGUCCAAUCCGAUGACAGACUGAUUAAAGAUAAUAGACAGUUACGUCACGAAGUUCAGGAACUUAAAAAGGAGAAGACAAUCGAAAAUGUUAGAGUGUUUGGAAAUAUAUUAAGCAUGAUUGGCAAUGACAACGUUGAUUUGGCCGAAAACAUUGGUUCGUAUCACAUAUUUACACACUCUUUCGGCAAAUAUAAAUGUCCGGCCACUUUUGGCAAUAUUGAAGAUGUAAUUGAGGCAAUGCUCGGUGUUAUAUCAAACGUGGCCGAAUACGAUGAGCUCAAACCGCAACUAUUAGCCAACAAAUACAUUCAGUCACUAUUGAAACUAUUAGAAACUAGUGUCUAUAAACAAUCGAUAAAUUGCAAAUCAGCCGGCAUAUUAACCAAUUUAGCUGCCAUUGGAAUAAAUAAUUGGCCAGAUAAUUUAGGUGAUGAUUGCAAAUUCGACAAGGCUCCUAUUAUUCUCAACUAUUACGUCAAGAAAAAGGGUUAGAUACAUUGGAGACCCUAAUAAAACGGGCAAACAUUACACCAAUAAUUAAACAGUUGGCCACUCUAACACUUUAUCAAUGCGAACUCGCUGAAAAUGACCCAGGUGCCAUGAGACUAAUGGCAGCAAGCGAGUGCAUUGAGAUACCUGAUGAAUUUGUGCAACAAAAACAAAUUAAUUGAUAUGACUAUAAUAUUGUUAAAACUCUUUUAUAAAACAAUUUAACCUCCCUAACUUUCGUAUGGCACACUUAGCGCAAAUAUGGCACGUAUGGCAUAUAAGUCAAUCCCAUAUAUAUUUAACACAAAUUACUUUAUAAUAAUUAAAUCCCAU